CUCUCGUCCACAGCGGUGAAGCUCAGACGGUUACCUGAUUCUAACUGGACUGUUUGACUCAAAGUCUAAAACAUGAGUGUUUCACACGAGACCUGCCUCCUGGACCAGGUGCUGGAGCUUAUUAUGAACGAGAAGCCCCCCACCAGUGCCAGCCUUUUCCUAAACGAGGACACAGAAAAACCACCCCUACCAGACAGAGUAGACCUAAGGAGGCGCUUACGCAGGGCCAUGGAGAGGAGAGCGAGCAGCAUGAAGGAGAGGAUGAGCUCCAUCAGCAAGGCCAGUGUGAAGGGUUUCCUGAAGAGGAACUUGUUUGUUUUGUUCACCAUCGCUGCCGUGGCUCUGGGUAUAAUCCUGGGCUUUGCUCUACGCCCCUACAAUCUGUCCCUGAGAGAAAUCAAGUACUUUUCCUUUCCUGGGGAGCUCCUAAUGAGAAUGCUGAAGAUGCUGGUGCUACCUCUAAUUGUCUCCAGUCUGAUCACAGGCAUUUCCUCCUUGGACAGUAAAGCAUCUGGUAAGAUGGGUUUGCACGCAGUGGUCUACUACAUGGUGACCACGGUGAUUGCUGUGUUUAUCGGCAUCGUCAUCGUCGUCAUCAUCCAGCCGGGGAAAGGGAGCAGGGACAGCCCCGUGGCCAACGGUGGGAAUAUCGAACCUGUUCAGGCUACUGAUGCUUUUCUGGAUCUCAUCAGGAACAUGUUUCCCCCUAAUCUGGUAGAAGCCUGCUUCAUACAGUAUAAAACAGUGUACAAGAAGACUGUUCACACGAGAAAUGUGACCGUAACCCUGAACCUCACCGACUCGCUCAAUGUGACCGAUCCUGCCUUGAGCACGAACCUCAGCGCGGUGCUGCACACCAUACAGGAGACGGUGGAGGAGGUCGUCCCUGUGUCUGGCUCCUCGGGCGGAGUAAACGCUUUGGGUCUGGUGGUGUUUUCCAUGUGCUUCGGUCUGGUCAUUGGCAACAUGAAACAGCAGGGCCAGGCUCUUAGAGAGUUCUUUGACUGCCUGAAUGAAGCCAUCAUGAGGCUGGUGGCCAUCAUCAUCUGGUAUGCUCCAGUCGGUAUCCUGUUUCUGAUUGCUGGGAAGAUUGUGGAGAUGAAGGAUCUUGCAGAAGUGGGUGGUCAGCUGGGGAUGUACACUGUGUCGGUCAUCGUGGGUCUUCUCAUCCAUGGCCUCUUUGUCCUGCCAAUGCUUUAUUUCCUGGUAACCAGGAAGAAUCCUUACAGCUUCAUUGGCGGCCUGCUGCAGGCGCUGAUUACUGCUCUGGGAACCUCCUCCAGCUCUGCUACCCUGCCCAUCACCUUCCGCUGCCUCGAAGAAAACAACCACGUGGAUAAACGAGUGACGCGUUUUGUCCUUCCCGUUGGAGCCACCAUUAACAUGGAUGGCACCGCCCUCUACGAGGCAGUGGCAGCUAUCUUUAUUGCUCAAGUCAAUGGCAUGGAGCUAAACUUUGGUCAGAUUCUCACCAUCAGUAUCACAGCAACGGCUGCCAGCAUCGGAGCAGCAGGCAUUCCUCAGGCUGGCCUGGUUACCAUGGUGAUUGUAUUGACAUCGGUGGGACUGCCCACGGAGGACAUAACGCUGAUCAUCGCUGUGGAUUGGUUCCUGGACCGUUUGCGUACUACCACGAAUGUUCUCGGCGACUCCCUUGGGGCGGGCAUCGUGGAGCACCUUUCCCGCAAAGAGCUGCAGAAUCAGGACGCCGAGGUGCGCAACUGUGUAAUCGAGGAGAACGAGAAACCCUAUCAGCUCAUUUGCCAGGACAAUGACAUAGUCAAUCAUCUCAACAGCGAGACCACAAUGUGAAGGCGAGGGAAGCACAUGAAAGGGGGUGAACAUACAGAAGCAUUAGCAUGAUGCAGUGAUGGAGAACAUGAUAAGCCAAUGCUUGAGGUUCACAUCUUUCCCUCAAAUACUAAAGCUUCUCUGGGAAAUACGACACAGUGACGCCUGUCCUGGGGCAGCUUGACGACAGAAACUAAUGUUCAUGUGUUGUUUAGAGGCAUACUGUGAUUUUUUUUUUUUUUUUUUUUUUUUUUUUUUAAAUACAGUUCAAAGCCA